AUGAAGUCGGACGAGCCCCGCCCCCAUCCACUCCCCUCCCCUUCCACCCAGCCACCAGCAAGGACUGGUUUUAUGGUCACCUGUGUGCCCUCCCCUCCCAUCCAGCGCCUUGAUAAGGUCGAGUGCCCUCCCACUGCCCACAGAUUGAUCUGCAUCUGUGGUGGCGAGAGGAGUCUGCGGCGAGAGAACAUGGCUGGAAGAGCACCGCUCAGUCUGCUCCUCGCAGUCACCCUCUGUCUCUCACAGACAGAGGCCUUCGUGGGAGAAGUAGACUUGAAUUCAUCUGUCACUCUACCAAGCUGGAAACCAGACGCGGAAUACAUUUCAAAAUGUGACUUUGACAACGACCGGGCUCCAUUUUGCGGGUGGACUCACUUGGGCUGGAUCCGAACACAGCAAGGAGAAGAAGGAGCCUAUCUGUCUGGAGAGGAUAGCCUGCUGAAUCCCUUUGGGGUGACCCGGUUGGAGAGCAGCCCUAUCAAUGUUUCGGGCGAUUUAUGCCUGGAGUUCUGGUACCGCGCUCCUGGGCUGAACGGAACAGCCCUCAGAGUCCUGAUAAAGGAUAACGUCGGGGAGACAGUACACUGGACCUCACAGGUCACCCUUGGCGCGUCCUGGCAACAAGUGUUUGUCCCCCUGUCCUAUGCUGAGGAGACCAGAAUACAGGUGGUCUUUGAGCCCAGCCAGGGACUGGCUGAAGAAGGAGAAAUAGCCAUUGACAAUAUUGGAGUGCGGAGGGGACCGUGUGGCGAGCAGUGCACCCAGAGCGAGCUCUGGACCGAUGACACCUGUACCACCAAAUGCAGCUGCUCCGCCCCCGGCAGUCAGCUGACCUGCUCCCCCGCCUCCUGCCCGGAGGACCACACCUGCGGGAGGACAGGCAGCGCUCCGGCCUGCCUCCCCUCCGCCGUCGCCACCUGCAGUCUCCACGGCGACCCGCACUUCCGCACCUUCGACGGCGCCAGCUUCCGCUUCGCCGGGCCCUGCACCUACGUCCUGGCCAAGGUGUGCGCCGGCACCGCGCCCGUCCCCUACUUCAGCGUGGAGGCCCGCAACGAGCAGCGGGCCAACUCCUCCGCCUCCACCAUCCAGCAGGUGAACGUGGACCUGCGGGGGCUCACCCUGUCCAUGCUGAAAAGAGAGACGCGCAAGGUCAUGGUGAACGGAAUUUGGAGAAGUCUCCCGCUGAGCCUGAAGGGCGGCGCUGUUACUGUUAGCGCAGCCGGGGACCUCGUCGUCCUGGAGACAGACUUCAAGCUGACGGUGUCGUAUGACACGGCCAACGCUGUGCAAGUGACAGUCCCGGCGCCGUACUCCGGCCAGGUGUGCGGCCUGUGCGGCAACUUCAACCACCUGAGGGAGGACGACUACGCCAGGCCCGACGGGCUGCGGGCCGCCGACGCCGGCGAGCUGGGCCGGAGCUGGCAGAGCCCGGGGGAAUCGUGCGAGGCGGCCUUCCACCCGCGCCCGUGCCCCCAGUGGGAGGAGGCGGAGUUUGGGAGCGAGCCCAACUGUGGAGUCAUCGUGGCGGUGGACGGGCCCUUCGCCGGCUGUGCCUCCGUUAUCAGCCCUGAGGCCUUCUUCCAGAGCUGUGUCUUCGAAAUGUGUGCCUCCCAGGGCGACCCCCAGGCCCUGUGCACGGCGCUCGAGGCGUUUGCCACCGCGUGCCAGAGCGCCGGGGUCACGCUGCCGCCCUGGAGGAACGCCACCUUCUGCCCCUUGGUGUGCGAGGCCAACAGCCACUACAAUGCCUGUGCCAGCGGCUGCCCCUCCACGUGCUCGGCCCAGGACGUCCCCAUGAGCUGCGGCGUUUGUGAAGAGAGGUGUGACUGUGACACCGGCUACUUCCUCAGCGGGGGCAAGUGUGUCCCGGAGGACGACUGCGGCUGCUGGAUCAAUGGACAGCACGUGGAGAAAGGCGUGACGGUGAUGGAGGGCGACUGUGAGAUGCAGUGCCAGUGCAUGGGCCGAGGCAGGAUCCAGUGCUCGCCGGUGUCCUGCGGCCAGGACCAGGUCUGCAGGGCGAAGGACGGCGUCGUCGGCUGCUUCGCCCCCAGCGUGGCCACCUGCCACGUGUUCGGCGACCCCCACUUCCUCACCUUCGACGGCAAGCUGUACGACUUCCAGGGCAGCUGCAACUACACCCUGGUCAAGACGUGUGGCCAGAGCAGCACGCAGUUCACUGUGACAGGCAGGAAUGAGAACCGGGGGAACCCCGCAUGGUCCGCCCUGAACUCCGUCGCCCUGGAUGCACGGGGCGUUCACCUAGCCCUGAGGAAGGAGAAGAGGGUUUAUGUGAACGGCUCACUGCUACAGCUUCCUGCAGAGCCGGCGGGAGGGAUCAAGGUGUACCUGCAGGGGCCGUACGUUCAGGUGGACACGGACUUCGGCCUGCAGCUCCUCUUUGACGGAGACCACAGGCUCUUCGUGCGGAUUGACGAGCGCCACCGCGGGGAGGUGUGCGGGCUCUGUGGCACCUACUCCAACAGUCAGUUCGAUGACUUCGUGACACCGGACGGCGUGCCUGUGAGCAGCGCGGAUGCCUUCGGGAGUAGCUGGAGGGCUGCGGACAAUGAGUGGGUCUGCGCGGACAGCACUCAGGCGCCGGCUACCUGCGACCCCCAGCUGGAGGGCGAGGCUUACCGGGAGUGCAGCGUGCUCUUCGGGGAUGUCUUCAAGCCCUGCCAUAGCUACGUGCCCCCCCAGCUCUACGUGAACAGCUGCAUGUACGACCACUGCGCCACGCGGGGCGACGCCCGCCAGCUCUGCACCUCCCUGGAGUCCUACGUGGCGGCCUGCGAGCUGGCGCAGGUGCAGCUGGGAGACUGGAGGCAGAGCACCGUCUGUGCCAGAUUUACACCCAUGCCAACAGACAUUUCGACUACAACUCCUUCCCGUGGAGUCUGUCCUUUGGGCUGUAACUUUGACAAUGGGGAAUGUGGAUGGCAGCAGCUCUUAACGGACAGUUUUGAUUGGUUGAGACGGCAAGGACCCACCCCCUCUGACCUCACCGGUCCAUCAUAUGACCACACAACCGGGGGUGGAUCUUACAUGUACAUCGAGGGCGACGGCGUGUACCACGGCGACUCCGCCCGCAUGCUCAGCCCGCAGUGUCGGGUGACCGGGCCACAUUGCCUGCGCUUCUGGUACCACAUGUACGGCUCAGCCACGGCCAUGGCCCUGAACGUCUACAAGCUGCAGGACUCCCAGGCCACCAAGAUCUGGUCCAAGGCCAACAACCAAGGCAACGCGUGGUACCAGGCGGAGGUCGAGUUAGAGGUGUCCGGGCCCUUCCAGAUCAUCAUGGAAGGAAUCCGAGGCUCAGACCAGAGGUCGGAUGUGGCCUUAGACGAUGUGUCAAUCAAUUACGGAUCAUGCUCAGGUUCAUCAAACACAGACAUGGACACCACCACCUCUCCACCUGCGAGGCCAACAGUUCCUUCAUCAGGAGGGAGCGGUUCGCCACACCCAGUCUGCAGCCUGGACUGCAGCUUUGAGACCGACAUCUGCGCAUGGAACCAGCUGCUGACAGACAGUUUUGAUUGGACGAGGCUGAAUGGCUCCACCCCAACUGCGAUGACCGGUCCAUCCUUCGACCACACAACUGGAGCUGGGCACUACCUGUACAUCGAGGCCGACGGCGUGUACAACGGGGACACGGCCCGCCUGCUCAGCGCGGACUGCCCCGACCCGGGCAAGCAGUGCCUGCAGUUCUGGUACCACAUGUACGGGACGGCCGACACCAUGGGCCUGACCGUCUACCUGCUGGAGGGCCGGGUGACCCAGAGGCUGUGGUCCCGCCGGAACGACCGCGGGGACGCCUGGCACAGGGCGCAGGUGGACAUUACCGCCACAGGGCCCUUCAGGAUCAUUUUCGAAGGUCGGAGAGGGACUGACGUUCGAUCGGAUGUGGCCCUGGAUGAUGUAUCUCUUCACCGUGGGGCUUGCGCAGAUUUAAUAGAGGUUCCUACGGCGACUGAAUCGCCAAUACAGACCACUGCUGCUCCCCAACCACCAGUAACGACCACUGCUGCUCCCCAACCACCAGUACAGACCACUGCUGCUCUCCAACCACCAGUACAGACCACAGCUGCUCCCCAACCACCAGUACAGACCACUGUUGCUCCCCAACCACCUGUACAGACCACUGCUGCUCCCCAACCACCAGUACAGACCACUGUUGCUCCCCAACCACCAGUUCAGACCACUUUAGCUCCCCAACCACCAGCUCAAACCACUGCUGCUCCCCAACCACCAGUACAGACCACAGCCGCUCCCCAACCACCAGUACAGACCACUGCUGCUCCCCAACCACCAGUACAGACCACAGCUGCUCCCCAACCACCAGUACAGACCACAGCUGCUCCCCGACCACCAGUGCAGACCACUUUAGCUCCCCACCCACCAAUUCAGACCACUAGACCUCCCCAUCCACCAGUACAGACCACAGCUGCUCCCCAACCACCAGUACAGACCACAGCUGCUCCCCAACCACCAGUACAGACCACAGCUGCUCCCCAACCACCAGUACAGACCACUGCUGCUCUCCAACCACCAGUACAGAGCACAGCUGCUCCCCAACCACCAGUACAGACCACAGCCGCUCCCCAACCACCAGUACAGACCACUGCUGCUCCCCAACCACCAGUGCAGACCACAGCUGCUCCCCAACCACCAGUACAGACCACUACAACUGCAAAACCACCAGCACCGACUACUACAACUACACAAGCACCGGUACAGACUACUACAAUUCCAUUGCCAACAACAACAGCAGCAGAUCACAACUGUCCUCAGAACAGUCAUUACACAGACUGCAAAGCCAGCUGCCAGCCAACCUGUGAUGACCUGAACGCCCGCCGCUGUCUGGUGAACCGCCCAUGUAGGGGGGGCUGUGUGUGUGACGACGGCUUUGUGCUGAAGUGGGGGAGGUGUGUCCCUGUCCGGACAUGCGGCUGCCGUGACGACAAGGGUAACAACUAUGCGUUCGGCAAGACGUGGGUCACCGAGCACUGCACCCACAGGUGCAAAUGUAAGAGGGAGGACGGCGAAGGGGAAAUCGACUGCGAUGACUACGAGUGCGAUGGCAACGAGGUCUGCUACCGCGGCCAAGACGGGGAUUUCAAGUGCAUGGCUACAUAUUUCAAGGAGUGCUCUGUUAACGGUGACCCCGAGUACCGGACGUUUGACAGUCUGAAACAUGACUUUGAUGGGAAGUACUCAUACGUCCUGGUCCAAACUGCCAACACACCACAGAAUCUUCCAGAAGUCUAUAUCGAAGGCAUUAAUAAGAAAGAUGAUGAUGAUGACGAUGACAGUCACAUGGACAGUGAUGAAGACAGCGAUGAGGACAGCGAUGAGGAUGAUGACCACGGUCAACUGAGAGGGCUGAAGAUCAGAGUUUACAACCACACCGUAGAGCUUAAGGCAGAAAGGAAGCUCAUGCUGGAUGGGGAGAGGGUCCAUCCCCCUGUCUCCCCUCACCGAGGGCUUAACAUUCUGGAACAUUCCUCUCGCAUUUACCUGAAGACAGACUUCGGCCUCUCAGUGGAGUUUGAUGGAGACAGCAGAGCAGAAAUUAUCCUGCCCAGCACCUACAAGAGGAGGGUCAGGGGCCUGUGUGGAAAUUUCGACGGCAAGAAGAGGAACGACCUCAUGACCCCAGAUGGCAGCCAGGCCAGCAGUGUCACCGCAUUCGGAGAUAGCUGGAGGGUGACGUCGGGCACACGGACAGUCAGAAGGAGAAGAUCACCCUCAGAGCAGAGUGUACCCAGGUCCUGAACCCACACGGAGGCGACCGUGGUCCUGAAACCGACAACACAAUACAGUCACUGUAUACCAAAACUCGCCUCCAGCGGAUAACUCCAUUCAGUCUGACAAACUUUUUCAGCUAGAGAUAUGUUGAAGAGUUAUGACACUGUUUCAGCAUUAC